CUAAAUUAUAAGAGAAAUUAGAAAAAACGGCUCGGGUCGGAGGAAUUGCAAUGAAAUACAAAGUUACGAUUGGGACUGCGAUCGCUGCUACUAAAUACUUGAGCAUCCCAAUUUGGUGUUGGCCACCCCCGGUGCAGGCGAGUAAAUGGGUUGUCCGACGGCAUAAUAUUUGUGGUUGGGUAGCACUAGUUCACCUGCUACUUAGUACGUUUUCUAUGAUUUACAAUAUGUACUUGAACAGAAGUGACAUCGACAGAUGCAUAAAAGUGUUGGCAGAUACGGUAGCCCUUGUGUCGGCAUGCCUGAGAAUAUUAAUCUGCAAGAAAGAACGACUUCGUCUUCAGGUUUUGUUAGCUGAAAUGGAAAAGUUCGUAAGGCAAGCUACUGGCAAAGAGGAAGAAUUAAUUCAGGCCUACGUUGAUAGAUGUUUGGUUUUACAUACGACUGUCUUCGUCAGCUGUAUCGCCGGCCCAAUAUUUUUUAUCGCUGGACCUAUUUUCCUGCCACAGCCAUUUCCAGGGGAUUUUGCUUACCCAUUCGAGGUGAAGUCAACUUGGCUUUGGCUCUGCUUGUAUAUUAUGCAGAGUAUUUGUGUCCUCCAAGUCGGGAGCAUGAUCAUGGUGGACAUUUUGUAUGCCAUGUUACUGUGGUACGCGGGCUUAAGAUUUGAAUUACUGAACCUGGAGCUCCAAAAAAUAACUAACAUGGACGAAUUACGCAGCUGUGUGGAAAGUCAUCAGAAAUUAAUCAGAUACACGGAUAAAUUGACGGCCAGCACGCGUUUUAUGGCCGCAGAAAUUAGCAGCGUCGCCAUGUUUGCCAUCACAACCGCAGGUUUCGUAAUUAUUCGGCGACCCAGUACGUACGACUUGGUAAAGUACGUUUUUUUUGAGACAGCAUCGGCAACGGAGCUCCUUUUAUUUUCAUGGCCUGCGGAUCAUUUGUUAAAAGUCAGCGAAGGAGUAGGCGCCUCUGUUUUCAACAGCCAUUGGAUCGGUAAAUCACCAACAAUGCUUAGAAACAUACUGUCGAUUAUGCAACGAUCGCAACAACCAGCUCUUAUUUAUGUCGAUGGGUUAGUUCCAGUAUUAUCGCUGGCGUUCUAUGGAUCUACUAUUUCGGCAAGUUUUUCAUACCUCACAACGCUAUGUGCACUAGUUGGGGACUAGACACAAUGAACUAGGAAUGGUUGAAUUCCAUCCCCAGGGCGUUUUCACGAUGCAAAGAGAUAAUU